CUAGGCAUGCAGACUGCUUCUACAAACAUUUGUGAAAGAAUGGGUCACUCUCAGGAGCUUAGUGAAUUUAAGUGUGGUACCGUGAUAGGUUGCCUCCUGUGCAAUAAGUCCAUCCGUGAAAUUUCAUUGCUACUAAAUAUUCCAUGGUCAACUGUUAGUGGUAUUAUAACAAAGUGGAAGCAACUGGGAGCAACAGCAACUCAGCCAUGAAGUACAAGGCCAUGUAAAAUGACAGCGGGGUCAGCGCAUGCUGAAGCGCAAAUGUCUGCAGAGUCAAUAGCUAAAGACCUCCAAACUUUUUGUGGCCAUCAGAUUAGCAAAACAGUGCUUGCCUGACUGCAUUGUGCCAAGUGUAA